GGAAUUUUGAUUCGAUUUUUCGAUUUUAUUUUAUGAAAGAGAUAGCAAAAAUCGAAUCGAAUUAGCAGUUCAGUUCGAUUAUGAAUCUGCUGGUCGAAAUGACACUGAAAAUUUGUUGGAAUCGUGCUGGACAUAAAAAAAAAAAUUGAUUCAAAAUGGACUAUUAUAUAACAGCCAUCACGAGUCUAGAGAAGAUUUAGCUACAAGUCCACAUUGAAAAUUUAUUUUGUAAAGUAGAGCUUCUUUUAUCAAAUUCUAAUUUUUUAGGAUUUUAUGGGCCAUGGGUUUAAGUGUAAAAUAAAAAAAUAUUUUGGCACCCAUUAUGUAUUUUUAAAAUUUUUUGGAACCCCUUAUGUAUUUAUUAAAUACUUAUUUAACCCUACUCUUCCAUUAAAUACAAAAAAUAAAUUUUCUCUCAUCUUCUCUCUCUUUACAACAAUCGAUUCAUCUCUCAUUUCCACCAUUUUCAAUUUCGAGCUCGCGUGAAUUAGCUCCAACUUCGAUCUUCAACUUCAGAUUUGGAAUACGAAGCCUUUUUCGUGCUCGGCAGGGAAAAUGGUAAAUCAACUGAAGACCCACUGCCCAUUCCCCGAUUGCUAAGAUGACACACCUCAAAAGACAAUAAACUAAUCGAAGGUGAUCCAUAUUUGAACGGAUGGAGCACAAAGAGAGUACACCCGUACCUUAUCCCAACAGUCCAUGAAAUAAAGCAGCACUACAUGAAAAAGUUCAAAGCAUUCACAGAUGAAUCGAAUAACGCAAUCAUCGAUGGCUUGAAGGCCCAUCUGGAGGGUGUGACUGUCAUCACCUCAUCGGAGGAUGGUAAGGAUGGGGAUGAUGACCGAAAUUUGGAUGGAAAUGUUGUUUCAAGGCAUGUCACUUAAGGUGCGGGGACAAGUAAGCCGAGAGCAUCAGGAAAGACACCGACAAUUGAAAAUCUGGAAGAGCGCGUGUUUAUGCUGGAGGAGUCGAUCAAGGACAUCACUGAUUUUCUGAAAGAGGAGAGGCUGAGGAAAGCUGAAAAAGGAGAAGCAAAAGAAGAGAGAUGAAGCUGAAGGUGCAAAGUCGGCAUUCAGUGGCGAGGGCUGUCCGCGAUGACAGCGGCAUUAAAGAAGUGCACCUUGAGGUAGCAGCUUUGGAACAGACCUCCAUCAAUGCUGAUGAGAUGAUGAUCCCUGAGGUUGUAGCUGUUGUAGAGAAGGAAAAUCUCGAUGAAGACGAUGAAGAUAAAGAAGAAGGAAAAAAUAAAGAAGCUGUUUGUGAAGAAGAAAACAAAGCUGAUGGGUCGGCUGGUGUGGAGAAGGAGGAUCAUGAUGAAGACAGACAGGAUGAAGAUCAUAAAAAUGAAAAAAGUGGUUGUGAAGAAUAAAACAAUGAAAGAGAUGGAGAGAAAAUAGAAGAGAAGAAUUCACAAGAAGUAGAGAAAGAAGAGGGAGAAGAAGAGCAUAAAGAAGGAAAAAAUGAUGCAUCAGAAAAAGAAGGCAUCGCGGAGAUGAAAAAUGAGAAUGAAUUUUUGAACUUGGAUGAAUUUCUUAAUGAAAUUACUUAGGACAUCGACAAGAUGCAAGUGGAAGACGAAAAUGUUGAAUGUUUAGACAAUGUUUAAUUUUUAUUUAUGGCUGAUGAUUAUUUUUAUUAGACUAGACAAUCUUAACUUUUAAUUUUCAGCUCGGGAUGUGUAGAGCUGAAUAAUUUUAUUUUCUAAACUGCCUUUAUAGUUUA